AUGCAAUUGAGACUUGAGAGCAAAUCAAGAAAAUUGAAGGAAGAAGCAGCAGCAAAGCGAGAGGAAGGGCUGGAAAAUAUGCGGUUAGAAUUAUUUGAGAAAUCUUCAGAGGAGAGGGAAAAGAAGAAAAUUCGAGCUUUGAACAGCUUCCGGUUCUCUUCUUCAUCUCCAACUACAAUGGUGCGGCAGCCAAAAUCUGAGGAUACUAUCCAGCCCCUUAGUCCUGUGCCCCAUCAAACAUAG